AUGCACGCCGACGACGGGCCUUCUACUGCGACCGACACGCAUCCUUCCCACGCCCCCCUCCGUCGCCUAAAGUCCAAAUCAUCUUUGUGGAGUCUGGCAAGCAGCACCACCACCACCUCCCGCGAAGACGACCUCGCCCCCGAAGAAGACAAGUCCCUGCUUCGUCCGUCUAUCCUCCGUCGCCUGUCCCCCGCGCUCGCCGCCCGGGUGAAGCUGCUCGACGGCGGCAACAAGGCGUCUGCUUCCCGCAACGCGAGCACGGUCGGCCGCAUCCCUGAGGCUCAUCUGAAGGAGUUGGACAGUCUCCACCAGGACCUGUCGAUCAGGGUCGAGAGGAAAGGCCAAGCCUGGGCUGGCUUGACACUCACAUCGACCUCGCCCGAACAGAUCCAAAACGCGUCGAAGACUUCUCAACAACGCGACUUCUCUCGCUCCGAUCCCGGGCCAGGUCUCGACCAUACCGACGUGGCUGUGGACGGCUCUGCAUUGUCAGACCCGACGACCGCUCACACGGAGUGUUCCUACCUACCCCCCUCUUCCACCUCCAUGUCUGUUGCAGAGCCAGCUCCGGCGCAGCUGCGCGCUGACCCAGACACAGCAGAACCCCAGUCCAGUGGAACCGGCCAAGAUAAGACAGACUUCGAGAAAUAUGUCGAAGACACGGCGCGCAAAGAAGAGGGCGCCGCCCCUAUACCCCCGUCGAAAGACUCUCCCCGAACCUAUUCGCUCUCCUCCUCCUCACAAUUCAACCCGCGAGGCCUACAGCGCACCGAAUCCAUAUACUCCUUUUCCCGCGCCUCGUUCAGCAAUCAGCUCUCUCAACUGACGUCCAUCCCCCUCCCGCAACCAUCUUCGCUCGAGGCAAACAUCGCCAGUAUUUCCACGGCUUUGGCUGCCGUGCGGGCCCUAAAUGGAGCCGCGGAGCAGAUCACGAUCUGGGUUAAGAAGGCAUCUGAUGUGCUCAAUGGCUUGGACGCUGAGGACGAUGUGGAGUGGGCAGCUGCUGGUGGCCGAGAGGGACUGGAAAGUGUCGACAAAGCCGUCACUCGAUUCGAGUCCCUGGUCAACGUCUACGUGGCGGCGAUUGAAAAUGUGCAACUCCGAGAAGAUAUUGCCACCGUCGAUACAGAAAAUCUGCAGGCUAUUGUUGGCCAGAUGGAAAGCAUCCUACAAAACUGGUCCCAAAUUAAAGUCAAGCUCCAGGGUGUCAAGGAUCAGGUGGAAUUGGCAAUGGAGUGGGAGGAACUAUGGUCGAACGUGUUGGGCGAUGUGGGCAUGGAAAUCGAGAACCUCAGCGGGCUGAUCUUCGAGAUGGAGGAGAAGCGACACGAGACGUUGAACGAUCCAGCUGACUCGAACGGAGGCCUUGACAUCAACGAGCUCGAAACCAUUGUCGAAGAGUCCCCGGUCAAGGGGCGCUCACCUUUGAACAACCGGCUGAGUAUCGGUCCCAUGCUGGCCGGAGCAUCCGGCACACCCGUCAUCAAAACUCCGCAGGAUGACUCCAGCCACUCCAACCUCAUGGCCAUCUUUGCACGCAUGCAGCCUCUUCGAGCGUCGUUGGACUUCUUGCCUAUGCGACUGUCCAUGUUUCAGUCCCGUGCCGAUUCGAUCUUCCCAAGCGCGUGUGAGGAGCUGGAGGACCGACGAAGCCACUUAGAGAAGAGCUAUAAAGUGCUUGAGGCGGAUGCAGAGUCUCUGCGGAAAGAACUGGGUGAGGACAAGUGGAUCUUGGUAUUUCGCAAUGCCGGCAGCCAGGCACAGAAGAUGUUUGAAUCGGUCGAGCGCAGCAUUGGCAAAUUGCAAGAAGGCAUAGAGACCGGUCUCCAACUGCAUAGUCCAUCAACAUUGACCAAGCGCAUGGAGAACUACGAGGCGAAGAAACAGCACUACGUACCAGCCAUCGAACGGGUGGUUGGGAUCAUUCAAAAGGGUGUGAAAGACCGCCUGACCGUCAAUGGCGAGAUCUUGCGUCUACUCUCGGAUAUGACAUCGCGGACAGAUGCGCUGAAGGCGAGUAUCCGGGUGAUGGAUACCUCCCUGGAGGACGUGCAGAUCGUCAAGGGCCAGCAGCUGCGUGACUCCAUCUCCAGCAUUAUCACAAUGGAUAGCCCGCUCAUGGGCAGCGCCAUCGAGACCCCUGGAAGCUCGCCUGCAUCGUCAGUGAUACUCGCCGGCAACGGACACAAGGGUGUCUCCACACCACAUGGUAGCUCAAGCCGCCGCGAGAGCUCAGUGGGUAGCUCGACUGGGCGUCUGUCCCUCUCAUCAAAGAUCCGACGCUACUCGGGACUGCCCCAGGCGACAUCUUCCACAUUGAGUAGCCGCAAGUCAUCCAUCCCUCAACGGAGCGGAGCCGGAUCCCCAACUCUAUCGAAUGCAAGAGGGUCAUACACCCCGACACCCGCCUCCCGCAAAUCGUCUCGUCCGUCGGCCCAGUCGCCGCUGAACAACCGGCCGCGUUGGAACAAUAGCACGAACACGAAUGACCUGAACAAGGAUUACAAUUUCAAGCCGCUCAGCGCAACCACUCCAUCCGCCUACCGCAAGUCCUCUGCCCCAGCGCACUCUCGCCCAUCAUCCACCAUCCCACUCCCCAACCCUUUCCGCCGCGAUAUCUCCGCCUCACCUGCACCCGGACACAGCCGCUCAAUCAGCCGCGUGUCGACCCGUCAGGGCUCCCGCAGCCCUGCUCCUAUGCGCGACAUCUCUCCCCGUGCUCCUGCCGGCAAUUCCUCCAUCCUUGACCCUCCACCAUACAGCCGACUCCGCCGGCCCUCGGGCCUAUCCAACACCCCCUCGCAGCCGCCAAAGUUUCGGCGGGAUGGGCUCAUCCUUCAGCCGCAGUGUCUCGCAAAACCAAGACCCAAGCGAAACACCCAGCAAAUCUAA